UCUUUGUUAUCAUUUAUUUAAGCCCUUCAUACCUGCCUGGAUAGGUCAUCUCAACAAUACGCUAUGAAGCAUAAUCUAGGUAUAUUUGUGAGUAUCCUGAGCGUAGCUUGCUGCCUGGACUCUCAAUGUGACGACAUGGAUAGUGACUUAUGUAAAACCUUCAAUCUUCAUGUCAAUGUAUGUUCAAAUCCGUGCCUGUCCAAAAUCUGUCCCAGGACCUGCGACAAGUGUCCUAGAAAAUGCUACAGUUGUAAUGAUGCUAACUCGCUGGAUAAUUGUAACACAACACGUAUAUGUCCUGAUCGUACAUAUAAAUGUUUAGUGCAUGAGGGCAUAGCCUCUGACUUCUCAAUUACCUACCAACUUGGAUGUGCCACAAAUCUAGUUUGCAGUAGUUUAUUUGGGAAUGGGAGAGUACUAGGCAGAAGAAAGAAAAAAAGUAUUAAUGGCGAAUGUUGUAAUUCUGACCUUUGCAACAAACAUGAUCCAAGUAAAAAGAGGCAAAUAGUCAUCAGUCUGGAAACUACCACAACAGAGAUUAUUACGAACCGAACUGACGUUAUAACGAAUUCAACGAUUGGUUCCAUGAACCCUACAUCAACACCAAUCACUAAUGAGUUAACAUUUAAUGCAACACAAGACAAUAUAAAAAGCAGUUUUAUGACGUCAACGAACACAAAAGGUACAACGACUGUAGUACCUGUAAUAACAACCUCAAAGAUACCAGGUUGUGCUGAUAUCGACACGGCUUCCUGUCAAAAACUUGCUUCUCUCAAGAGGGACAUGUGUAGUGAUGAUUGUUUUGUGCACGUCUGUCCACGUACCUGUGGGAAAUGCCCUGAAUGUUAUUCCUGCAUUUUCAUGGACACUCCAGAAAACUGUACAGAUAGAUCAGUCUGUUCACUGGGCGAGAAAUGCUAUGUAGUGGAAAAGUACUUAGACAAUGGGGAGCAUGGCUACCGUGCAGGAUGUCUUCAUGAAGAUGUGUGUACAAGGUUCCACAUAAAUGCUGGCAAUGUGUUUGGACGAAGAAGCGACCAUUUAGGUUUGAUUUUAGAUGGAGAUUGCUGUAAUGGGGACCUCUGCAAUCACCACCCCAUUAUUCACACUACAUCCACCACAACUACUACGCAUGCUCCUACACAUGCUCCUACGCAUACAACUACGCAUGCGCCUACGCAGCCUCAAUCUACCACGACCCCACCAGACGGAUGCAUGUAUGUAGCAGGACACCACUGUCCUACUGGUUUUAGUCUUGUGGAGGGAAAAUGUCUUUUUAUUGGUACAGAAUUGUCAACAUACGAAAGUGCAAAGAUUUCCUGCAAGUAUCAUUGCUCUAAUCUCUUAGAAAAUAUAUCAGACCGUGACAUAGAUAGCAUCCGGAUCCUUAUGGAUAGUGUAUUUUGGGGUCUACCAAAUGAUAGGAAAGUUAUUAUACUGGGAGCUCACACCGAUUCCCAUAAUCACCUGGUUUGGGACACGUCACGUCAAAGAGUUCCAGGUGUUCCUCGUGACCUACACGGUAACGACUGUCUUGUUCUAGAGGGACACGGGGGGCACAGGGGACCCCAUGACCAUUUGCUUAAGCCUUCUUCAUGUGAUGAUAUUCAUUAUUAUAUCUGUGAAGCAAAAUUUAAAUAAAGUAUUUUUUGUGAUCUCAUUUAAUUUCUUGCUUAUUUCAGUUAUAUUUCAAUCUGUAUUGUCACCUUUAAUUACUGAUUUUGAAACUGGC